AAGCACAGCAACCUCAUGGCCUCCUACCUGACCCCUGAAAUAUAUGCCAGGCUUCGGGAUAAAGUCACUUCGAGUGGCUACACCCUGGAUCAGUGCAUACAGACUGGAGUGGACAACCCUGGGCACCAACAUUCUUUCAUCAAGUCCAUUGGUAUCGUGGCAGGCGACGAGGAAUCCUAUGAGGUCUUUGCUGACAUUUUUUACCCUGUCAUUAUGGAAAGGCACAAUGGAUACGACCCAAGGACCAUGAGACAAGCAAAGGAUUUGGACGCAAGCAAAAUCAGGAACGGGCAGUUCGACGAGAAGUACGUCCUGUCUUCCCGAGUGCGGACGGGCCGCAGUAUCCGUGGGCUGAGCAUGCCCCCCGCCUGCACCCGUGCUGAGAGGAGGGAGGUGGAGAGGGUGACUGUGGAUGCCCUGGCUGGGCUGAAGGGUGACCUGGCGGGAAGAUACUACAGCCUGUCCAACAUGACUGACAAGGAGCAGCAGCAACUCAUUGAUGAUCAUUUCAUGUUUGAGAAGUCCGUGAACCCUUUCAUGUUGUCUACGAGGAUGUUGAGGGAUUGGCCUGAUGCCCGUGGGAUCUGGCACAACAACGACAAGACAUUGCACAUCUGGGUCAACGAGGAGGACCACACUCGAGUCAUCUCCAUGGAGAAGGGGGGCAACAUGAAGAGGGUGUUUGAGACGUUCUGCCGAGGUCUCAAAGAGGUGGAGAGACUGAUCUCGGAGAAAGGCUGGGAGUUUAUGUGGAACGAGCGGCUGGGCUACAUCCAGACCUGCCCGUCCAACCUGGGCACUGCACUGCGAGCUGGGGUGCACAUGAAACUGCCCAUGCUCAGCAAGGAUCCUCGCUUCCCCAAGAUCCUGGAGAACCUGCGGCUCGAGAAACGCGGGCCGCGGGGAGAGAACACAGUGGACAUCGACGGUGUGGUCGACAUCUCCAAUCUUGACCGGCUGGGCACGUCCGAGGUAGGUCAACAGUCCGUUCCAUACAUGUCCCACACCGUACACGAACAAACAGUCCGAGAGAAGGCACGGCGGGUGUGGAGGAACAAUGGGAGCAGGAGGAGGCAGAGGGAGGUGGCGGAAGGAGUGAUGAUAGCUGGGGGAAGAGGGAGGUGGAGAGUGCAGCAGGUCCAGGUGGUGGUAGAUGGGGUGAAUUACCUGACCGAGUGUGAGAAGAGACUGCAGAGGGGACAGGACAUCAAGGUCCCUUCACCCCUGGCCUCUGGCAGACGCUGA